CUUUCGAACCGCGUGGUGGUAAAUAUAAUCUUUUUAAUAAAGUGUGUGAAUAUAUUAUAUUCUUCCAACAUUGCAUACUUCUAAAGCAUUAAUUUGCUGCAGUUCAUUUUAAAACAAUAUAUAGUUCUAAUCAAUAUAAUUUUCCAAUUGACAUUCUGUUUCGAAAUAUUCGUGUGUUUUACAGACCUAAAAUAAAUUUUCCGACACGAUGAUAUUUCUAAACCUACUAUUAAUUAGCGGAAUAAUGUAUAUUGUUGGGACGGCUUCUACUUUUAACGAAUCAUCUUUAUGCUAUAAACCAUCAAAAUAUAUAAAACCAAAUCAUUACGAUAUCAACUUUAUAUCAUAUAUUGAAAAAUACAUUUUCUAUGGAGAAUACAAUAUUAGCAUAAGCAUUCUUAACAAAACGCAAAAUAUAUUAAUCAACAACAUAUAUUCAGAAAAAUUAUAUUUUAAAAAUAUAGUUUUAAUUAAAAAUCUAGAAAAACAUCAUGAGAAUAUUAAGUAUACAGUUUAUAAUCCGAUAUAUGAUUUUGAAGAAGACAUAAUUGACCUUUCUUUUAAGGAUGAGUUAUUACCAGGAAAUUACACUUUAUAUAUUAAAUAUUUUGGUUUUACUGAUGAAGUCUUUAGAAUUUUUGAUGUAAAAAAGAAUUCUCUUUGGUAGCUGCUACUCAUUUGCAUAUAAUAGGCACCCGACAAAUGUCAUCGUGUUGGGAUGAAAAGUAUUUAUUCUUAGAAGCAACCUUUAACAUAUCUAUAGGAUGUAAUCAAUGCACGGCUUUGUCAAAUAUGCCAUUGCAUAAUACAGAAAAAAACAAGCACAAUAUAUUAUUGAAACGCUUCGAUACCACACCUGCAAUGUCGCCGUAUCUUGCAACAAUAAUUGUAUCCAAUUGCUUAUUAUGUGUUGAUAAUUAUACUCAAAACAUUGAAAGGUGGUGCAGAAACAGAUCUGUAUUUCACAUGGAAUUUGCAGAAAAUGUAGCUGAAAAAAUCUUGUUGUUCUUUAAAAAUAAAUGGAAACAACAUUCGAACAAUAUUUCGAACUCAUGUUGCAAUGCCAAAUUUCCCUGAUAAUGGCAUAAUAGUUUUCGGACUUGUUUUUUAUAACGAAAUGGAUAUCGUUUACAAUAAAAACUUAUAUCCUGUUGCUCGCAAAAUCGAAGUAUCUCGAUUAGUAGGACAUAAAGUGACACAGCAAUGGUUUUAUAAUCUGAGCAAUCCAUUUCAAUUAGCUUGGUUUAAUAAAGCUCUUACUACAUUGCUUGCAACGUAUGCUGUCAAUGAGAUGUAUCCAGAUAAUCGAAUAAUAAAUUUAUUUGUUGUUCAAAAUCAACAUACUUCUUUUUAUUUAGAUGAUUGUAGUAUGUGGAAUUCUACUUUACGAGAUUACAGUUUCUUGAAAAUUCGCGAAUCCAUCAGAGCACCCUGUAUACUGCGCAUGAUGCAACACGCCGUAACCAAAGAAAUAUUUCAAAAAGGAGUUGGCUCAUAUACAAAUAGCACGAUAUUACCGCGUUAACUAUGAUGAUGAGAAUUGGCGAAGAAUUUCAGAUUAUCUAUACUAUGAUGAUUUUACGACAAUUCAUGUUCUUAAUCGUGCCCAAAUUAUCGAUGAUGCAUUUCAUUUAAUGAUAGCAGGCCAACACAAAGUCUCUAUAUUCUGGAAUAUUAUAUCGUAUUUGUAUCGAGAAGAAGAUUAUAUCGCAUGGUAUCCUAUGUUUAAAGCUCUGGAAUACAUGUUUAGUAUUUUUCCAGUGGAAGAAAAAACUGAAAAAUUUGCGGGUAUAUUUAGGCUAAAAAUUAUAUUAAACGACUUACUUGCAAAAAUCAAAUAUGAAGAAAUUAAUGAUGCAGACGAACUUAGAAUAUGUUUACGACAAGAAGCUGCAAGAUGGGCAUGUUUUCUCGGUGAAAUCAAUUGUAUGGAAGAAGCGAAAAAUAAAUUAGAACAACAUCUCCAAGAUCCUAUAAAACACAGACUUUUGCCAUGGUGGAAGACAUGGACAUAUUGUAGAGGUUUGAUGAAAACUACGAGAAAUGAGACCACUUUUGAAACAGUGUAUAAUAGAGGAUUAAAAAAAACUGACAUUAAAUUUUCAGAAUACUUGGCUUGCAUUGAAGAUAUCGAUUUCAUCAAAAAAUAUUUAAGUCGUAAACAGGACACUUAUACAAAACAGGAAGAUCAAUUUCUCGUUAACAGUUUCUUACAUUUUAUUACAAAGCAGGCGAAGAAUCCAGAUAUAUUGUCGUAUAUAUUAGAUAAUUUUACCAAAAUAAAACCAAAAAAUGUUAAUAUAAUUGCAGCAUUAAGUAUUAUGAUUAAUAACGUAUAUUCCAAAAAUUUAGCUCUGAAAAUAAUGAUGAACGCUUACAGUAUUCUAGAAACUAACUUAGUUGAAGUAAAUAACACAAUUCAUUAUAGAAGACUUCAAAUAAAGGAGAUGAGAGACAGUGCGAUAAAUUACAUAUACGCCCGAAUUAUGAUCCGGAUUUAUUUUCGCAACAAACAAAUCCAAAGACAGAAGCAGUAUUUUGAAAGUCUUUUGUUCUAAUCUGUGAGUGUAAAAAAGAAAUUGCAGCUUUGCAUACGUGAACAUACAUCAUAUGAAUAAUUUUUUUAUAUUGUACGUAUUAUUACUUCUACUGCUUUAAAUAUUGUUUAUUUAGAUGUAUUACUAUCCGAUGCCUUUAUAUUUACAUUUAUAAAACUAUGACUGCAUGAAU